AUGAGUGGAAAAGGUGCAAGAAAGAUUUGCCAGGUGAAUGGCUGCAGUAAUAGCCAAUUUAAGCUUCAACAAUGGAAAAACGAGUUGUGUCCCAACCAGGGAUUUUUUCGCAAGGAUUGCUCUUGUUGUAUUCAGCCCUACCAGCUCCAUCAAUUUCCACAAGCCCAUCGUCAAGAAUGGGUGAAAAAUUUAAGCACAAAAUUAACUAUCAACGAUCUUAAAGAUUAUCACAGAGUUUGUUCUGUUCACUUUGUUGAUGGAAAGCCGUCAAAAGGACAUCCAUAUCCGACGCUGCACAUUGGAUAUUCUCUACAUAGUAAUUGGAAACUAAGUCCAGGAAGGCGUGCUCCCCGGCAGCGAACUCGUGUCCAAACAAAAAUGGACACAAACGUAGAUGUUUACAAUAAGUUACCACCGGAUGAAAGGAUGGAUGUUGAAAUAGUACAGCCAAUGGACGUCAAUGUGGAGCCAAAAUACAAAGACGUGUCAACACAGUAUUAUUCAGCACAGCCUUUGAACCACGACCACUGUUAUGCCAAAAAAUCUCAGGAUAAAUGUACACAAACACCAAGUGCACCUUCCAUAGACACCAAUGACAUGAAUGAUAAGCAGUUCAAAUUCUUUACUGGGCUAUCAUCUACCACAUUUUGGGCUUUACUGUCAUCAUUUAUGUGUUGGACCACAGAACUUCCAUCACAUUCUCUACCAGUGGCUGAACAGUUUUUAAUGGUAUUAAUGAGACUACGUUUAGGUCUGUUGCUUCCAGAUUUAGGUUAUAGGUUUAAAAUAUCAACACGUAGCUUUGUUACCAUGAAAGCGAGGCUGCAUAUGGUCUUGUAUCCAACGUGA